GGCAUCCUGGACUUAGUGUCACCCUCCCACCACGAAUUUACCGUCCCCGCUUCUGUCCGUUCCUCCUUCCGCCCUCUAACACCCGGAACUCUCUUUUCCCUGGUUUCGCACACCGGAAGUCGCCCGGAAGAGUUUGCUUGGCGGACCCGAUCGAAGCAGGAGGGGUUUCCGGCGGCUUGUCUGCUUGUCCUUGUCUGUCAGUGGUCGGGAAGGAUGCUGGCUGGAGUACGGGCGGUACGGGGCCUGCUCCGGGGAGCUUCUGCCCUCCGUGUGCUACCACAGAUACGUUGUGAAUCCGGAACUUCAGAGACAAGGCCAACGGUUCGGCCUGCCAAUACAGUGUUGCAGAAUCAGCUGUCUGCGUUUGGGGAAUAUGUGGCUGAUAUUCUGCCGAAGUAUGUUCAGCAAGUGCAGGUGACUUGUUUCGGAGAACUGGAGAUUAUGAUCCACCCUGAUGGGGUUAUACCAGUCCUAACAUUUCUUCGUGACCACACAAAUGCUCAGUUCAAAAACUUGGCUGAUUUGACUGCUGUGGAUAUCCCAACAAAAGAGAACCGCUUUGAGAUCGUGUACAACCUGCUGUCUUUGCAAUUUAACUCCAGGAUUCGUGUUAAGACUUACGCAGAUGAACUUACUCCUGUGGAGUCCAUUGUGUCAGUACACAAAGCAGCCAACUGGUACGAGAGAGAGGUUUGGGACAUGUAUGGCGUGUUUUUUGCCAAUCAUCCAGAUCUGAGAAGAAUCCUCACAGAUUAUGGCUUUGAAGGUCAUCCUUUCCGAAAAGAUUUCCCUCUCUCUGGAUAUGUGGAGGUCCGUUAUGAUGAUGAGGUGAAACGCGUGGUAGCAGAGCCAGUGCAACUGUCACAGGAAUUCCGGAAAUUUGAUCUCAGCAGCCCCUGGGAAGCCUUCCCAGCCCACCGGGAGGCACAAGAAAGCCCAAAGCUGGAGGCUGGAGAUAAGAAGGGCGAUACAAAAUAGAGGUGGCAGACACUUUGAAAAAUUGUAUUGUGCUGUGUAUGUACAUAAAAUAAACUUUAAUGGUUUCUUCUGC